AUGGCGCGAGACGUAUUCUCCUUGAAAACCUUGAUAGCCGUUUGGGCGCUCUAUGCGACGUAUGUCGUAGCCAAUGUUGUGGAUUAUGUGAUUGUUGGAGGCGGCCCCGCCGGUCUCGUAGUCGCAGAGCGGCUAUCUAGCAGGGCAAAUGUCACGGUAGUCGUUCUGGAAGCUGGUCCAGAUGUUCAAACUGACCCGGCGGUUGAGAGUAAGACACCGGGGAGGUUGAUCGAAGUUACGAAUCAUAUUGCUGAUAGACUAUGGAACUACUUUUCGGAACCAGAACCAAAUCUCAAUGGCAAUACGCCUGAGCUAUGGCAAGCUAAGGUUCUUGGUGGCGCCACUGCUAUAAACUCUAUGACCUACUGCCGUGGGUCGUCUUCUGUUUUUGACGAAUGGGCCACCAUCUCUGGCAAUCCAGGACUUGCGUGGGAUUCCUUGCUCGAUGACUUCAAGGAGACGUCACAUUAUACCGAUCAAGAAUUAGACUAUGAACAGGUGGUGGAGCCAGGCGCCUAUGGCGAUGGUCCGGUGGAGGUUACCCGUGUUAAAAGUUUGACGGGGCUAGAAAUACCGCUGAGUGAAGAAAUGGAGUCAUUCUUCCAGCUUCCCGAGGUCGAUAUGAACGACGGCACGGGUAUUGGUGUUGACUUGGGCCUAUCGUCGAUCCGUGCCUCCAACCGAACACGUUCCUACGCCGGCAACACAUACACUUGGCUAAUGGGUAACCGCCCCAAUGUGCGCAUCAUCACCAACGCCUGGGUUCAGCGUAUCGGUUUCCGAGGACGGACCGCUACCAACGUUACGUACAUUAACACCCAGACAAAUGAAGUGACUGUCCUUGAGGCCAAGGAAAUCAUUCUUGCUGCAGGUGCACUCAACACUCCCAAGCUUCUGUUUCAAUCUGGAGUUGGUCCCAAGCGCAACUUGACGGCCUUGGGCAUCAAUGUUGUUGCAGAUGUCCCUGGCAUUGGGGCUAAGCUGUGGGAUCAUCACGCGACCUACGUCGAGGCGGAGGUCACUGCUGGCAUUGAUACCAUCUGGCAGCUUCUAUUCAACUCAACUGCGUCGAGCAUCGCCGUCGAGCAAUAUGAAGCCGACUACUCCGGCCCCUUAACCGGGCCACUUGGCGAAAUGUAUGGAGCAGCCCGCCUGCCGAACUCGGCCUUCUCUGGUGUAAAUGCCAAACACUACACAUCGCUUGCCGCAGACCGGCCUCAUGUUCUUUGGCAUUAUGCUGCAGUUGCAUUUUAUCCCGGCUCCCCAAAUGUGAGCAUCGUGUCUUUAGCACCAACCCUCGUCCAACCAGAGGCGCCUGGGUACCUCACCAUCAACUCUUCCGACUACACAGCUCCUCCACUUAUAUACUCCAACUUCUAUGGCUCUGCUGCGGACAAAGCUGCUAUCAUAUAUGGCCUCAAACAGGCCCGUGUGCUGCUUGAGGCCGAGUCACUUUCGCCGUAUGUGCUCAGCGAAGUCUACCCUGGCUCAAGUGUGACUUCUGAUGAAGACAUAUGGAAGGCCAUUCAGGCCGGCAGCACGUCGUUCCACCAUCCCGUGGGAACUGUGCCCCUAGGAAAGGUCCUCAAAAAGAAUUGGAGAAUCAAUGGCGUGAAAGGCCUCCGUGUUGUCGAUUCUAGCGCUAUGCCAACGCUACCCACGUGCCACAUUCAGGCCUCGGUAUAUGCCUUUGCACAUCGCGCUGCAUUGGACAUCAUAGCUGACGACAAGAUUUGA